AUGGCCGAACAUCAGGAGGACGUCAAUGACCAGGCCACCACAAGGGUGAUCCGCGAGAAAGAUGAGGAGACAUUUGAGAAUCUCGAUGACACUCUCAAGGGCGCCCAGAGGGCCACCGAGGACGAGCAUGGCAUGAGCCUGAGAGAGGGUAUUCGCAAGUACCCCAAGGCUGUCUUCUGGUCAAUUUGGUUCUCCUCUGCUCUGAUCAUGGAAGGUUUUGAUCACGCCUUCGUCACCGGUUUCUUUGCCUUCCCUGCCUUCCAAGAGCACUACGGCACGCUACAGAAGGAUGGAACCUAUCAAGUCCCCGCCACCCUGCAGUCCGCCAUCGGCAAUGGUGUCAAUGCCGGAGAAAUCAUCGGUCUUCUGCUGAACGGUAUUCUCGCUGAUCAUUUCGGUUACCGCUGGGUCAUGAUCGGCUGUCUCUUCCUCAUGAUGGCAUUCAUCUUCCUCCAAUUCUUUGCCACCAGCAUCUACAUGUAUCUCGGUGCUGAGGUCCUCCUCGGUCUCCCAUGGGGCGUGUUCCAAACAUUGACCACCACAUAUGCCGCCGAGGUCUGCCCGAACGUCCUGCGGCCCUAUCUGACAAUGCUUGUGUCGCUUUGCUGGAGUAUUGGCUAUUUGCUUGGAACUGGUGUCCUGCGUGCGUUCCUGUCCUCGACUGGACAGUGGGCUUAUCGCAUUCCCUUCGCGCUUCAGUGGAUCCUUCCGAUCCCUCUUGCGAUCGGAAUUUACCUGGCUCCCGAAUCGCCAUGGUGGCUUAUUCGCAAGGGUCGCACCGAAGAUGCAGGCAAAGUCGUCCGUCGUCUGCGGGCCAAGGACAGCAAUGAAGAUGAGAUUGCCGAUACCGUGGCCAUGAUGGUACAGACCGUCAGAAUUGAGAAUGAGAUGCAGGCUACUAGCACCUAUUGGGACCUGUUCAAGGGUGUCAACCUACGUCGUACCGAGAUCACCGUCUUCACCUACCUCAUUCAAGAGCUGUGUGCUCCCCUCGUUGCGUACAUCGUCUACUUCCUCGAGCAAGCUGGCCUUGCUCCAAGUGCCUCAUUUGACUUUGGCAUGGGAGAGUACGCUCUGGCUAUUGUCGGUGUCUUUGUCGCUUGGUUCCUCGUGCCCCGAACUGGUCGCCGCACCUUGUUGCUCUGUGGUACUGCCUUCAUGACUGCUACAACAUUUGUGAUCGGCUUCAUGGGUAUCCCGAGCAUCAAGACUCACCCGAACAUCGGUUAUGGAAUUGGUGCUAUUCUUCUCGUGGAAUACUUUGUGUUCUUUAUCACCAUCGGUCCGAUCAUCUACACUAUUGUCACUGAAAUUCCGUCGAACUUCCUCCGCAACAAGAGCGUCGUCCUUGCCCGUGCUGUUUACAACGUUGCCGUUCUCGUCUACGGUCAGCUGGUGCCGCACAUGAUGCAGAAGGCGGCCUGGAACUGGGGUGCAAAGUCUGGGUUCUUCUAUGGAUCUAUCAUGGGACUUGGUUUGCUCUGGGCAUACUUCCGUCUCCCCGAGACCAAGAACCGCACCUUUGCUGAGAUGGAUAUUUUGUUCAAGAACGAAGUUAAGGCUCGUGACUUUGCGAAGACUAAGGUAGAUAUUGCCAGUGAGACUGUUUCUCGGGAUUGA